GGUGGGUGGGUGGCUCAAAUAUCUCCCUCCCUCCGCUUCCUCCUCCUCACUCAAUGGCUGUCUGCUUCCGUUGUCAUCGGACCGCGCCCUCUUCCGUCGACCACUACCGAACCCUCGCAAGAAAGAACAAGGUGUGGUCUGCCUCAGUCCCUUCUCUUCUCGCUGGACACGAAGCGAUCAGAAAGUGGGGUUUCCAGAUGAAAUCCUCCAAUGGGUACCCUCUCAAUGUAGUUUCCUCCCAGAAAGAAGAGCCAUAUAUCGAUCAUUCUAAAGCCAAAGAAGACCAAAUUGACAGUACAGUGAGUAUUACUGUUGUUGGGGCUUCCGGAGACCUUGCCAAGAAGAAGAUCUUUCCAGCCCUCUUUGCUCUCUUUUACGAAGAUUGUCUUCCAAAGCACUUUACUGUUUUUGGCUAUGCUCGAACUCAACUAACCGAUGAAGAGCUGAGGAAUAUGAUCGGCAAGACUCUGACCUGCAGAAUUGACAAAAGGGAAAACUGUGGUGACAAGAUGGAACAAUUUUUGCAGAGGUGUUUCUACCAUUCAGGGCAGUACAGUUCGUCGGAGAACUUUCUCGAGCUAGACAGGAAGCUUAAAGACAAAGAGGUGGGGAAGUCGGCAAAUAGAUUGUUUUAUCUUUCGAUUCCUCCAAACAUAUUUGUUGAUGUGGUGAGAUGUGCUAGCCGUACUGCGUCUUCUCCAACUGGCUGGACCAGAGUAAUUGUCGAAAAGCCAUUUGGUCGUGACUCUCAAUCUUCUGGAGACCUCACACGUUCUCUUAAGCAACACCUGACCGAGGACCAAAUUUUCAGGAUUGACCAUUAUUUGGGAAAGGAACUCGUUGAGAAUCUUUCAGUUCUUCGUUUCUCCAACCUUGUUUUUGAGCCUUUGUGGUCCCGGAAGUUCAUCAGGAAUGUGCAGCUCAUAUUCUCCGAGGACUUUGGAACAGAGGGUCGUGGCGGAUACUUCGACAACUACGGAAUCAUCCGUGACAUAAUGCAAAAUCAUCUUGUACAAAUAUUAGCUUUAUUUGCCAUGGAAACCCCUGUUAGCUUAGAUGCAGAGGAUAUCCGAAACGAAAAGGUGAAAGUUCUACGGUCAAUGAGGACUCUACAACUCGAUGAUGUUGUGGUCGGACAAUACAAGGGUCAUACGAGAGGUGGAAGAUCUUUGCCUGCCUAUAUAGAUGACCCGACAGUGCCAAAAGGCAGUCUCACACCAACAUUUGCAGCAGCAGCCCUCUUUAUCGACAAUGCUAGAUGGGACGGUGUGCCAUUCUUGAUGAAAGCUGGAAAAGCCUUGAAUACCAGACGAGCAGAGAUUAGGGUUCAGUUCAGGCACGUUCCUGGUAAUUUGUACAAGCGAAAUUUUGGGACCGACUUGGAUAAAGCAACUAAUGAGCUGGUGAUCCGUGUACAACCCGAUGAAGCCAUAUAUCUGAAGAUAAACAAUAAGAUCCCUGGGUUGAGCAUGAGAUUGGAUAGUAGCAAUCUGAAUCUCCUGUAUGCAUCGAGGUACCCUAGAGAGAUCCCUGAUGCAUACGAGAGGCUGCUACUGGACGCGAUCGAAGGCGAGCGACGGCUCUUCAUCAGAAGCGACGAGCUGGACGCGGCAUGGGCGCUCUUCACCCCGGUGCUGAAGGAGCUGGAGGACAAGAGGAUCGCGCCGGAGCUUUAUCCUUACGGCAGCCGAGGACCAGUUGGGGCACACUACCUUGCCGCCAAGUACAACGUGCGGUGGGGAGAUCUCAGCAGCCAGUACUCCUAGAACAAGCUGAUGACCUUCAGUCAUCUACCCUUCUCUUUCCUCCUCCUCCUCCUCCUCCUCUCUCUCUCUCUCUGUUACGAGUCGGAGGAGAUGGCAUACAUUGUUUCUUGAUACAUAUAUGCAGGGAGACCCCGCUGCACCACCCAUCCAUCACA